AUGCUACGACAGUUUUUUGAGCCAGCAAAGACUGCUGCCCGGACAUGCUUUUCUUCGUUGAAAAAACGGUUUAUAACUGUUAAUCGCCUCUCCUUUCACUCAUCCAUUCCUGCAAACAUAUCCAACCAACAAACACCAAGAAAAACUCCAGAAACAGAUACCAAGAAUGCUGACUCGAAUAUAGACGAGCUGGAGUCUUUUUUGUUGACAAAUCCGCUAGUGAAGCAGCACAUUCAAAACGCCAAGUUGGCUCGAAAUACAAAACUCCAUCUCUCAUAUGUUUCGAAGCUCAACAAUUACGAUGAACUUCAUGACUAUCCCCAUCUCAACACAUCAUCUCCUGCUGUCCAAAAUGCACUAAAGAACCCAAAAUUCACUCAUCAGGCCAGGCUUCCUCCGGACAUUGAGGAUAUGGACAAACCCCCAACUACAAUGGAGCGUUUGGGGUUUGCGGAAUACAUGCGUCGGACGUCUGUCGUGCCCGAAGAGGUACUUCGAAAGCUUGUGUUCGUACCGCUCGUUUCUCGUCGGGUCGUGAAUCAAACUCGCAAGGGCAAGAUCGUUAGCAUGUACUCUAUGGCUGCUGUUGGUGACCGUAAUGGUCUUGUUGGAUACGGCGAGGGAAAAGGUGCAACAACAGCAAUUGCGUACAAAAAGGCCUCUAUGAAGGCCCUUCGUAACAUGAUCUUUGUUCCGCGGUACCAGGAUCGAACUGUAUACGGCGUCAUUCGGACAAAAUUUCACGCCGUUCAUCUUACCAUGCGUUCCCGGCCACCAGGUUUUGGUCUCCGUUGCAGUGCCGUGGUCCACGAAAUCUGCAAUUGUGCUGGAAUUUCAGACAUCAGCGCCAAAGUUAUUGGCUCACGAAACAGGAUGAACGUUGCCAAGGCCGUUUUCGAAGCGCUGCAGCAGCAACGUCUCCCGGAACACAUCGCCAUUGAACGAGGCCAGCGUUUUAUUGAUGUUCAACAACAGUAUUAUCGCGCUUAA